AUGUUGGCCACGUCGUCCGCCUCCGACCGCGGCAAGCCGUCGCGGUCGUCGUCGGCCAUCGUUGCCGACAUGGCGAGCGGGUACCACGACCUCCAGAUCGACUCCCGCUUGCUGGACGCGACGAGCGUUCCCCAUGGAGAGUCCGUCUUGUCGUGCGCUUUCACCGUGGGCGGCCAUACCUGGCGCAUGAUGUGCUACCCUAACGGCAGCCGCUCUGCUGCUGGUGGGUACGUCUCCAUGUUCCUGAGACUCGACGAGGAGGUCGCGAAGCCGGUGCCUGCGCAGGUAGAGUUCAGCGUCAUGGCGGAGAAGCGCGCCCUCUUCCUCGUCAGGAGCAAGAAGAAGAAGGUUCCGAGCACCAAAAAGGAAUUUGUCACAACAAGCGACUUCGCCAGCCGGCGUCACAAUGUGGGGUACCCCAACUUCGCGAAAAGGGAAGAUUUGCUCAAGAUGGUGCGGCGUCAGGACGAUCCUCUCACAAUCAGGUGCCACAUCGUCGUCUUCAACGGGCACCGCGCGGUGCAGCAAUUUCCAAAGCAGCAGGCUGCAGCGUCUGCAGUCCACGUGCCCCCGUCCAACCUGCACACGCACCUCGGCGACCUCCUCUCCAGCAAAAGGGGCGCCGACGUGGUGUUCGAGGUCGGCGGCGAGACGUACCCCGCGCAUCGGUGCGUGCUCGCCGCCCGAUCACCGGUCUUCGCCGUGGAGCUCUUCAGCUCGAUGCGGGAGAGCGACGCCGCCGCAGGCGGUGUGGUCCACAUAGACGACAUGGAGCCGCAGGUGUUCCAGGCUCUGCUCCACUUCGCGUACACCGACACGCUGCCGGAGAUGAGGACGCCGGAGGAAGGCGUGUUGUGCCAGCACCUGCUUGUGGCGGCGGACAGGUACGACAUGGAGAGGCUCAAGCUCAUAUGUGAGGAUAAGCUGUGCAGGUACAUCGACGUGGGCACGGCGGCGAUCGUCCUGACGCUGGCCGAGCAGCACCGCUGCCAUUGCCUGAAGAAGGCGUGCAUCGAUUUCAUCAGUGCUCCAGCAAAUCUCAAGGCAGUGGUUGCAAGCGAUGGCUUUGAGCAUCUAAGCUCGAGCUGCCCCUCCAUCACCAAGGAUCUGCUUGCCAUGCAUGCAUCGUAG